GUGUUUGGAAAUCCCAGCUGGUGCUUAGUGCUCAGACUGAAGUAGUGAAGUAACCUGCUCUAAACUGAGGCCAGAGGAACUGUCUCAAAUACAGGAAAUACGCUGAAAAGAGGAAGGAAUUUCACUUAUCUACAAGUUGAGCCCAGCGGGGGGCGCUAGCUGCAGCCAUGUUGCAUCAGACUGAGGGCUCCAGCACCCUGCAGCUGGUGGCCAGUGACAUGACGGGCAUCAUGGAGAGACUGGACACACGGGACCUCGACCUGGGAGAUGGAGAUUACGACUCCACAGACGCAGCGGAGCACCUCCCGUUCACUGCGGUGUAUCACACUGUGGGCUUUAAGGAGCCAGAGGCCAAAGUAUUUCUGACUCCGCCCAUCACCGCCAAGAUCCUGGACGUGGAGAGAUUCACCUCGGCUCAAGAUCGUUUCAAUGUGACCACACAGAGGAGCGUCAGUAAGUCGAUGCCGGCCGUUUACAAGAUCGAGCUGAAACAUGGAGAGUUCACCUGGACCAUCAAAAAGAAAGAGAAGCACUUUAUGGACCUGCACCGAGAGCUGCGCACCUACAAGACCUUCAUGAGGAUCCCACUGCCCCGGAGUCACACAGUGAGAACUCCCACGACUCGAAAUGAGGUGAGACGGAUGCCUGAGCUGCCCCGGGGCGGAGAGGAGCUGGAGAGAGAGGGGCAGGUCUCCAGCCGAAGGAAACAACUGGAGGAUUACUUGAACAACCUGCUGAAGAUGUCCAUGUACAGAAACUACCACGCCACCAUGGAGUUCAUUGAAGUGAGUCAGCUCUCGUUCAUCCACGACCUCGGACCCAAAGGCCUUGAAGGCAUGGUGCUCAAGAGGUCUGGAGGACACAGGAUCCCAGGACUGAACUGCUGCGGACGGAGUAAAAUGUGCUACCGCUGGUCCAAACGGUGGCUGGUGGUGAAAGACUCAUUCCUUCUGUACAUGAAGCCGGACUCUGGGGCCAUCUCGUUCGUGAUGCUCGUGGACAAAGAGUUCAACAUCAAAAUGGACUCAAAAGACACGGAGACCAGACACGGGAUCCGGGUGGACAGCCUCUCCAGGAGCCUGGUGCUGAAGUGCAACAGUUACCGUCACGCUCGCUGGUGGGGUCAGUCCAUCGAAGGAUUCGUCAAAAAACACGGAGCUGCUUUUCUCACAGAUCACAGGUUCGGAUCGUUCGCCAGAGAAGAGGAGCACAUCCCAGCCAAAUGGUACGUGAACGGUAAAACGUACAUGGAGGAUGUUGCAGACGCCAUGGAGGAGGCCAAAGAGGAGAUCUUCAUCACAGACUGGUGGUUGAGUCCAGAGAUUUUCCUGAAGAGGCCCGUCGUCGAGGGCAACCGCUGGCGCCUGGACUGUAUCCUCAGACGGAAAGCUCAACAAGGAGUGAAGAUCUUCGUGAUGUUGUACAAAGAGGUGGAGAUGGCUCUGGGCAUAAACUCACAGUACAGUAAAAGGACUCUCGUGAGGCUCCAUCCAAACAUCAAGGUGAUCAGACACCCAGACCACGUCUCCUCGGCCGUGUACCUCUGGGCUCAUCAUGAGAAGAUCAUCGUGAUAGACCAGUCUGUGGCCUUCGUGGGGGGCAUAGAUUUGGCGUACGGGCGCUGGGACGACACCGAGCACAGACUCACUGAUGUGGGCAGCGUCACCCUCUCGCACAUAGACCAGGCUGCGGCGGCGACUGCUCUUUCGUCCACGGGAGACGCCGCGGCUCACAGUAACGGCAGAGGGAUCUUCACGGUGGACUCGGCGGACCAGCCCAAACUGAAGGGACAGGGGAGACACCGAAGAACCCGCUUCAGCAUCAGGAAACAUCUGCAGAAACACGGAUUCACCCACAGAGACCGAGACAGCGACAGCGACACGGACUCAGACGUAGAGCCAGAGAGGAGUAACUCGGUACGGAGUCUUCAGACAGGAGUUGGAGAGCUGUUUGGAAACACCAGAUUUUGGCACGGAAAAGAUUACUGCAACUUCGUCUACAAAGACUGGAUCCAACUGGACAAGCCCUUUGACGACUUUAUUGACAGACACACGACUCCCAGAAUGCCGUGGCACGACAUCGCGUCUGUGGUUCACGGGAAAGCGGCGCGAGACGUGGCCCGACAUUUUAUCCAACGCUGGAACUUCACCAAGUUGGUGAAGCCUAAGUACAGGUCGUAUCCGUGUUUGCUUCCAAAGUCGCAUGUGACGGCGGGAGAACUGCGCUACCAGGUCCCCAACUGUGUGAACGCCAAAGUGCAGAUCCUGCGGUCGGCUGCAGACUGGUCGGCUGGAAUCAAAUAUCACGAAGAGUCGAUCCAUAACGCCUACGUCCACACCAUCAAGAACAGCCAACACUUCGUCUACGUCGAGAACCAGUUCUUCAUCAGCUGUGCAGACAACAGACACGUGUUCAACAAAAUCGGAGACGCCAUCGCCGAGCGCAUCAUCAAAGCUUACAGAGAAAAGAAGAAAUACCGCGUUUACAUCGUGACUCCUCUGCUUCCCGGAUUUGAGGGCGACAUCAGCACCGGAGGAGGAAGCGCCAUCCAGGCCAUCAUGCACUUCAACUACAGAACGAUGAACAGAGGAGACCACUCUAUCAUUUCACAGCUGAAGAGAGAGAUGGGAGAUAACUGGAUGAACUACAUUUCCAUCGCGGGGCUCAGGACUCACGCCGACCUCGAGGGGAAACUGGUGACGGAGCUCAUUUACGUCCACAGCAAAAUGCUCAUCGCCGACGACAACACGGUCAUCAUCGGCUCGGCGAACAUAAACGACAGGAGCAUGUUGGGUAAACGGGACAGUGAGGUGGCGGUGAUCGUGGAGGACUCGGAGACGACGGAUUCUGUGAUGGACGGAGCGCCGUAUCAGGCCGGGAAGUACGCCCUGUCCCUCAGACUGGAGUGCUUCAGGACGAUUCUUGGAGCGAACGCUGACUCGUCCAUCGAUGUUUCAGACCCGAUCAGUGACACAUUUUAUAAAGAAGUCUGGAUGUCCAUCUGCGCCCGCAACGCCACCAUCUACCAGAAGGUUUUCCGCUGCCUGCCGUCCAGCGAUGUCCGCAGCAUCACGGAGCUGGAGAGUUUUCUGUCCAAACCCGGUCUGGAGAAAGAGGACCCGACCCGAGCGCGCGAGGAGCUGAAGAAGAUCAGAGGGUUUGCGGUUCAGUUCCCGCUGCAGUUUCUGGCUGAACAGAACCUGCUCCCUCCCAUCGGGUCCAAGGAGGCCAUGGUGCCGAUGGAAGUCUGGACAUGAGAGAAAGAGGAGAAAUAAAAGAGCAAGAAUAGAAGAGAAAAAAAAAGAGGAAAUAAAGAAGAUUCAGACAAUGUGGCGCCAUCUGGAGGAGGAAGGGGGAAAGUGCAUGUCCAGGGAUCUGCUGCAAAUGAAUAAUAAUAAUAAUAAAUAAUAAUAAUAAAAUAAAUAAUAAUAAUAAUAAUAAGGCAUUAAUUAGACCUUCUCUUAUCUUUUUGUUGAAAGUCAAACACUUUAACUGGGCCAUGAACGCCCCUGAUCCUGAAAAUGUGCGGUUUAAAUCCAUUUUGUUUCUUUUUUUCAAGUCUUAAAACUUUUUUGACAGUGUUCUCUAAUGUGUACACUGUGUCUCCAUGGUAACGUGGUAACAUUCCACCAUAGAGGUAUAUGUAGAACACCCCCAGCACGAUGUCACUGCAAACUAUCAACAUGUUCUUUUUUCCAGAUGCUCAGAGUCACUUGACAACCCUACGCAUUAUUUAUUCACUACAGACUUUGUGGUGGUGAGGUGCUGUUGUGGCCACAGCUGCCCUGGGGCGCACUGAUGAAUGAGAGACUGUUUAUCUGCACCAUCGGGCACUAAUUUAACUAGUGAGCUGUCUAGUCUUUAUGUGUUAAAUAGGCUCUAUUCAAAUAGGCUCUAUUCACGCUCACAUCACAAACCAGGAAGACGUUUGGAAACAUGUGGUGACAAUUUCCAUCGGUCUUUGUUUGUGGUAGUACUGUAUUUUUCAAACUAUAAGUUGCCCUUUUUUGGGUGAAUUUAUUUUAUAAAAUCGGAGACCAGGAUCUGAUAUUUCAUCUCGAAAGGCAAGUUAUAGUAAAAACAAUAAAACAGAGAACAACAGACCGUUAACGUCACAUAUGAACAGUUCUUCAGAUAAUUAUAGCAUAAACAACAGAACAGAACAAGUUUAACAAACUCUCCAUCUCACUCCAAAUCACUAAAUCCACUGAAUUCUUCAUCCUCGGUGUCACUUCUGAGCAACUCCACGACCUCCGGAGGUAAACAGAGCGUCGCUUCCUCUUCUGUGCAUCUGUCAUCAGACUCAGAAUCAGUUCCAGUUAGAAUUAUUCCGAUCUUUCUGAAUCCCGACAGGAUGGUUUCAGUGUCACUGAAGUCCAGGCUUUGUCCAUCCAUCCAGUGACUUCCAGGAAAGUUGCAUGUUGCACCCUCCUAGUUACCGAGAAACUGUGUUUUCCAUUCCGCCUUUCGUCAGUCUCGUAAAUACGGGACCGUAAAUACCGUAGGUCUGAUAAAAUCUAGGCAAAUGAGAAAACAUGAAAUUGUAGCGUUCCGUUAUGUUCGGCUUAUCGACAAUUACAGCCAUACCUCAGUUUUCAUGAUUUCUCCACUGACACACAACUCCGAUCCCACUGGGAAUAUGCGAUUAGAAGAGACCAGUGUCGGGAACUGCACCGGAAGUUGUCAUUGCAUGUUUCCAAAAGUCUUCCUGGUUUGUGUCGUAACGUGUGACAGCUCAAGAUUCUGAAAUUAUUUUUCACGAAAGCUUCAGAAAGCGACGUUAUUUACCACUCAGUUUCUGCUCACUUUUCUUUCCUCACUGAUAAACCCCACCCACUGAGGAGAAGGGACCAAUCGGCUUCCUCUAUCUCCCCUCAGUCGAUGUGAUUGACCGCUGAGGAUUCAAGGAGACAAGUGAGCAGAAACGGGACGCAGCCAUGAACGUGCACUUCCUCCGUUUGAUUUUUCUAAGAUGGCGCCACAUCACAUGAGUUUUCCUACGCCAAUAAACACUUGAGAAGCCUGAAGACAAAAAAAAAAUCCAACUCCAGGGGGCGCAGUCGAGUCGGAUUCGUUAAGAAACAAUGAAGGAAACACUAUGCAACGUGGGUGCAGUGAACGCAGCCCCGUCAAGAGACACUAAAGUGCGUUUGAAGCCUUGUUUUUUUUGUUGUUUUUUGUUUUUUUGACAAAGUGCCAAAGACUUUUCCCACUUCGUGUCACUGUGGAUCUAAGCCUGAAGUGGCCUGUUUGAGACUCACUCCAAACCAGUUUCUGUUUACACUGCGCUACGUUCAAGGACGGAGCAAACGUGGGAAAUUUAAGAUAUUCCUCUUUCAGCACUCCUUAAUUUAAGUGUUUGUUUUCGGUGGGAGCGUUCGUAUUUAAACACAUGUCACAACUGGGGCUAAACCUGGACCAGACGAGGACUAAAACGGGACUAGACGAGGACUAAAACAGGACUACUGGAGACCAUGACUAAACCAGGAUUAGACCAGGACUAGACAAGGACAAAACCAGGACUAGACCAAGACUAAACGAGGACUGGACUAGGAUGCAACGAGGACUAGACCAGCACUAAACAAGGCCUAGACGAGAAAUAACACAGGACUAGACAAGGACCAAACCACGAUUAGACCAUGACUAAACCAGGACUGGACUAGGAUGCAACCAGGACUAGAUAAGGACUAAACUAGGUCUAGGCAAGGACUAAAUCAGGACUAGACCAAGACUAAACCAGAAUUAGACCAAGACUAGACAAAGAUCAAGCCAAGACUAGACCAAGACUAGGAUGCAACCCAAACUAGACCAGGACUAGACCAGGACUAGACCAGGACUAGACCAGGACAAAAUUGGAACUAAAUAAGGACUAGACUAGGACACAACCAGGACUAGACCAGGAUUAGACAAUGAUUUAACCAGGAAUAGACGAGGACUGCAUCAGGAUUAGAUCAGGACUAAACAAUGACUAAAAUAGGACUAAAUCAGGACUAGACAAGAAAUAAAACAGGACUAGGCCAAGAUUAAACCAGGACUAGACCAGGAUGCAACCAGCACUAGACAAGGACUAAACCAGCACUAGACAAGAAAUAAAACAGGACUACGCCAAGACUAAAUCAGGAGUAAAUCAGGACAAGACCAGGACUAAACCAGGACAAGACUAUUUCUAGACCAUGACUAAACCAGGUCUAAACUAGAACUAAACCAGGACUACACAAUGAUUAAACCAAGACUAGAACAGGACUAAACCAGGAUUAAAACAGAACCCAACCGAGGACCAAACCAGGACUAAAUCAGGACUAAACCGGGCUCUAAGUAGGACCAGACCAGGACCAAACCAGGACCAAACCAGGACUGAGUGUGAACGCUCCCUUUGUUACGUUUCUGUCCUUUUUUCUGUUUUCAGCACAAAAUUAUGUGAAUUAUGAAACUGAUUUAUUGGAAAUUGCCUUACACAAAUUACAAAGCAGCUUCCUCCUUUUUUCCUUAAAGCCACACUAUGUAACUUUACCUGUGGGGCGGCCGCUACCAUGGAGAUGUUAUGGCUUUGCCCAGAAUGUUCCACAGUUUAGUUUCACACUUAUCUAACAUGCAUUUAUUUAAUUAUAGAGUUUUUUAUCGCUUAAAAAUGACUUGAAAAACACACAUUCUUAUCCCCGCUCCACAAACCUGACCUGUAACCUGUCGUCUCUAUGGAGAUGAGGUUAAAGGCAUACUGCGGAACAUUCCAGACAAAGCAAUAAUAUGUCCACGGAAAGAAACAGGUGGCCGUCGUGUCUUCCAUAAAACAAAAUUUGAUCUUGAGUCGAAAAAUGUUUUAAAACGGUAAAAGUAUGAACUCACAAAGUGCACGAAUUACAGCUGAAACUUCAUCGUGGUAUUUACAGAAAAGGCCUUUACAAAUGUGUUACGAAGUGUCAUUACGAAAAAAAAAAAAGAACAAGUGUCUAAAUAAAUCCUCAAAGUGGGACCGUCUCUGCGAAAAGAGACGCAUGAUCACAUGACUCUGACGCUCCUCUAGAGGUGGGAGAGGCACAGCAAAAAAGAUUAUAUCGUUCAUGUAGUUUUGGAGAUUAGAAAAAUUUAGAAAUAGAGUUAAAAAAAAUGACAAAUUAAAGGAUUCACGCUUAACUUUAAAUCUUAAACAAGGCCUAACCGUGUUCUAGAGCUGCUCGAUCAUGGAAAAAAAUCACGAUUAUUUUGGUCAAUAUUGAAAUCAUGAUUAUUCAACGAUAAUUUUUUGUUACAUUAUGCAUUUAUUUGGCAUUUCUCUCUCAAAAAAACACCCAAAACUUCCAAAUUGAACAUAAAUAUAGGCUACAAGUAUGAACCUUAGAGCAGUUUUGCGAUGUAUGAAACAAAAAAUGAGUAAAAUAUACUUUGAACAUGAAAUAAGGCGCAGAAAAACAUAAAUACACUGCAAAAAACAAAAUCUAGUCAAGAUAAAAUGACUUAAAUUAAGAAAGUUUUAUCAUGAUUUGAGUAAAUUUCACUUGACAAGUAAAAUUAUCUGCCAGUGGAACAAGACUUUUUGUACUUAAAAUAUGAAAAUACAUCUUAAUUAUAUAAAUAAUAAUAAAAUAAUAAAAACGACAACUUUUUGCACUUAAAAUAAGUGUUGCUUGAAUAAAUUUUACUUAUCAAGCUGAAUCGACUCAAAUAAAGUCAAAUAUUCUUAAUUUAAGUCAUUUUAACUUACCUAGAUGUUGUUUUUUUCCAGUGUGUAUCCAAAAUAAACUAUAUAUCCAGCUCUCUAUAUUAAAAAAAUUAUAAUAAAUAUACUUAUUUAUAUGAAAAAUAUCUCCAAAUAAACUUUGUUAAGCUUUAUUGUUUCAACUCAAUUAUAUUAUAUAUUAAAAUUCGAUUAAUUGCACAGCCUACAAUUGUAAUGCUGAUUUAUUCUUGGUUUCAAAAACAUUGGAGAUGCUCUCCAAGUUGUUUAUGUUACAAUUUGGUGUUUUGGUUCUCAGGAUAAUUAUCCAAUCAGAAAGCAGAAGUCUCACACAAGUUUCUCAUUUGGGUCACCAGUUUCAAUUCUGAAAUCCAGAUGAUUUAAACCUAAAAAAAAAAAACCUCACUCUGAUCUGAAUCUUAGCCAGGUUCAGUUAUGAUCGAAGUAUGUCUACAUAAAUAGGCCCUAUAGAUUAAAAAUAAAACAAACUUGCAUUGUAAUCUUUCAAAUAAUGGUGUAAAGUUGGGAUGUAACGAUAUUCAAACCUCUCGAUAUGAUAUUUUCACGAUAUACAUCCCACGAUACGAUAUUUAUUGCAAAACGAAAUUAUGAAAAUGCCUUGGCAAGACUCCAGUUCUGUCAUAAACUGCAGAAUUAAGAAUUAAAUGUGCUUAAAAAUGUAGAUUCGUAUUAUUAUUUGUAUUAGUUUUCAUGUAGUCUUCACUGUAAUGGAGCAAAAGGUCAUGAUCUCCAUCCAUGAAACAAAAACAUGACUGAUAUAUUCAUUUUUUUGUCUGUAUCUCCCCCUCACCUCUAUUACCAUGAGUUAUUUUAUACGACUUGAUCACUUUACUUGUGUCUUUAAAGGUGCACUGUGUAACUUUUUGGUUGGGGGUUCGUCCCCUGCUUGUUUCUAUGGAUAUCUAAACCAAGACUAAACCAGGACUUAACCAGGACUAAACCAGGUCUAUACCAGGUCUGAACCAGGUCUAAAACCAGGACUAAAACAUGAUUUAAUCAGGACUAAAACCAGUACUAAACCAAACUAAAACCAGGACUAAAACCAGUACUAAACCAAACUAAAACCAGGACUAAAACCAGUACUAAACCAGGACUAAAACCAGGACUAAAACCAGGUCUGAACCAGAACUAAAAUCGGGACUAAACCAGAACCACACCAGGUCUAAUCCAGGUCUAAACCAGGACUAAAACCAGGACUAAAACCAGGUCUGAACCAGAACUAAAAUCAGGACUAAACCAGGACCCCACCAGGUGUAAACCAGGACUAAACCAGGACUAAACCAGGACUAAACCAGGACUAAACCUGGACUAAACCUGGACUAAACCUGGACUAAACCUGGACUAAACCUGGACUAAACCAGGACUAAACCAGGACUAAACCAAGCCACGCCACCGCAGCCCCUGGUCCUCGAAAUACUGUUGGACAUAAAACUGGUCCGUGGAGCUGAAAAUAUUGAGGACCACUGAUUUAACGAACCCUCCGACAGAAAAGUUACACAGCGCAGCUUUAAGUGACAUGUCUUUAUCUGUUAAAUAGAUAAAUGUCCGUCCCUUUUCUCCUUAAACGCACCAUUAUUUAUGCUUCGCUUACUUCCGUUUACGUUGCUUUAUGUUGUAUUUUUGUUUUUCAAGCUGCUUCGUUGUUUUGUCUUAAAAUAAUGUGAUGAAGAGUUUUGGAAUCAUUUGUUUACACUGAAUGAUCUGCUGAAGGCUGAGGACCAUAGUCAUUAAAUCUUGGGUAAUUUUUUAUUUUGUGUCACAUUUUAUUUAUGUUUAUGUUAUUUUUUCAUCAUUGUUUACUUAUUAUAAAAUUAUUUUGUUGGGUUAAAGUC